GAACGCAAGAUGGCUGCCAAUUUAUGUGAAUGCAAGGACAAGUAGUUUAGUGAUAUUUUCAACUAGUGUGAUAAUACACUACAAAUGUGAUUUUAGCGUUAUAAAUAUAUUACUAAUAUAGUGUUAACGCUCAGUUAAUGUUUUCGUGCAAUUUUUUAUAAGUUAUAUUUGUUAAAUCGUGUGUGCAAUAUUGCGUUGGAUUUGUGGCAUUUAUAAUGUUCUGUGUUGAUUCGUGAUUAUUUAUGCAGUGACAGCCCUUUUGGGCUGAUAUUAUGCUUAUUAUUGGAUGAUACAGGGAGUUCCACCACCGAGGAUGGAAAAGGCGAAAGCGUACAUAAAGAGCUCGCUAAGCGCGUCGCGGCCGGCGUCCCCGCGCGACAAGCCCGCGGCGCCCUCCGAGGACGCCCGCGUGUGCUUCGUGUGCGGCGGCGCCGGCUUCAACGACCAGUACACCGUCCGAGUGAAGCCCGAACCUCAGAGUACCGAGCCAUACUUCCCAUUCCUCGGCGCCCACGCGCCUCCAACCGGCUACCGGAGCGAGAGCACCGACGAGGAUGGCACCGUGCGCUGCUGCUGCGUCUGCUACACCUUCCUGCGCCAGCAGUGGGAGCAGUACGACCGCGAGAACAAGCCGCACAGCCAACGGUUUUAUUGGAUGAAGAGGCUCGACGGGAAACCGUUCAUCGGUGCGGACAUGUCCUUCCAGGGCGAGUAUGCGGCGUCCGUGCUAGGGCUGGGCGGGGACACAGCUCGCGAAGAACCGGUGGCGUCCCCGCGACCCGCGUCACGGGCGCUCUACCCUCCUGAUGCCCCCGCGCCUCCGCCCGUACCCGCGCACCGCCCGGACAACGCGGACCCCAAGUUUAACAACAACCAACGGUUCCCCGCCAACAACGCGACGACGAACGGCACGACGGAGGAGGAGGGCGUGCUGGACCUGCGCGCGCGCGACCCCUCCGUCAUCUCCGUCGGCUCCCAGCACUCCGGCGCCUCCGAGACCGCGGGCUACCUCGACGCCGUGCGAUCAACCGUGUCCGUGUACUCCGGCAACUCCAACUCCAGCUCCGACCGCGACAUCCUCGACCUUUCGAUGCCGGACAAGAACUCCAUGACGGAGGUGUGCUACGUGUGCGGCGACGAAUACAAGCGCGGGACGCUCUGUAAUCUACACACUAAGGAGCCGAAGGACAAAAACUUCCAGAACAAGCAACCAUACUUCCCGAUCUUCGGCGAGCAGCACCCUCGGCCGCCGCGCUCGCGGCCCAAGGACGCGCUCGGCACCGUGCGCGCCUGCGCCGCCUGCCACCACCACCUGCUGCAGCAGUGGAGCGGCUACCAGAUGCGCGGCGUCGCGGCGAACGAGCGAGUGUACACCCUCCGCACCCGCCCUCCUUCCCUCCUCCCGCCCUCCCCCCUCAGCCUCGCCAGCUCCGGCGACAAGUCGCUCGCCGCCAACACGCACUCGCCGUCGCUCGAGCGCCCCGCCAGCCAGCCCGCCACCACCGCAUCCUUCGUCUGCUACGUGUGCGGCGUCUCCGCCCCCUCGUCGCAGCUCAGGCUGGUGUACUGUUGUGCGAACCCGGAGCGGGAGCCGUAUUACCCGUUCAUAACGUCGCUGAAGCCGCAUCCUGAAGCCAGUCCUAUUAGUCCACAGGGUAUGGUGCAAAUCUGCGCGUCGUGUUACAAAAGCAUCCCCCACAAAUACCCCUCGUACGGCGAGCCGGAGCCGCUCGCCAACGCCAACCACGCGCACAACAACAACAAUGCGCACGCCAACAACAUUAGGUUUAAGCCGUACGACAUGAAAUCGUCAAGUGCGACAAAGCGGCCUGCCGCGCUGCCGCCGUCGCCACACAGCCAACUGGUCGCCGGCGAGAAUGGCAUGGGGCUAUAUAGGUGUUACGUGUGCUGUGGGCUGUUCCCGCAACAGUCCAUGGAGUGGCUGUCGACGACGGCGGAGUACAUGAACUCGCACGCGAUGCACUUCCCGUGCCUCGCCGGUGCCGGGCCGGCGGCGGCGCGCGGCGGGCGCGUGCUGGCGUGCUCGCGCUGCGUGCGCCACCUCGCGCGCCAGUGGGAGCUCAUGGACGCCGAGCGCGUGCCGCUCGAGCAUCGGAGGUACAACAUCCCGUCGCCGCUGCCGAGCAACUCGUCGAUGAACGGCGAGCGAGUCAUCCCCACCCCACCUUCUACUACCUCCGACAGAACCGUCGCUAGUAAUACGUGUACAUCGAUAUAUUGUUUCCUAUGCGGGCUGCACUCGGACUUCACGCUGGCGCGGAUACUGUACGGGCAGCCGCAGGGCAACGCGCCCUACUUCCCCUGUCUCCUCACCCACCAGAGUCUACCAAACGCAGAGCAACUACGGGAAAACGGGUCGGCGCUAGUAUGCACAUUCUGUUAUCACUCGCUACUUAGUCAAUGGAGAAGGUACGAGGCGCUGGGCGGCGUGGGCGCAGACCGGCGCGUGUACAACACGCACGACUACCACUGCCACCUGUGCGGCAUCAAGACGUACCGGAAACGCGUGCGCGCGUUACCUAUUAAGGAAUUCCCAUUUUUAAUGCAGAGGCGGACUGAAAAUUCUUUAUUAUUAGAAAACGGCGAUUAUGCCGUUGUAUGUUUAGACUGUUAUGAAAGUUUAAGAACACAAGCGCAAGACUACGAGCGGCGGGGCGUGCCGGUGGACAAGCGCGAGUACAACUGGCUGCAGCAGCCGCCGCCGCCCGAGGACAGCGCCGACGUCACCAUCGCCAGGCUGCCCUCUGGCGACCGCUCCGACAAGCUGAUGUCGCAUCAGUCGCUGGUGGUGUCGCGCGGCGCCAAGCGGAAUAGCCCCAAGCAACCCACGCCGCUGCCCGACCGACGGCCGCCGCCCAAACCCGACAAGGAUCAAGGUGGCAGCGCGAACAAAAUAGCGAAGCGUACGGAGCUAACGCCAAACAAGGGCGGGCCGUUCGCGGCCGCGCUCCGCACGCUCGCCAAGAACGCCGGGCCCGACUCCAAGGACGGCUCGGCCGAGCGCGAGAAGGAGAAGCCGCCGCCCGCGGCGCCCGCCAAGCGCGCCUCCCCCCACCACCUCCCCACCAGCGGGUUCCAGCCCUACAGGCCUGAUGACCGGCUGGCGCACCCGGCGGCGGCGUCGUUCCCGCUGCUGGAGCCCGCGGCCUACGCGCCGUACGCGCACCCCGGACUCUACUCCAGCGCCGCGCUUCAGUAUAGAUUAGCAGCAGAAGAACAAAUGUACCUGGAGCGGGUGUUCCGCGGCGGCGUGGGCGUGGGCUGGCUCCCGCCGUACGCGCUGUACCCGCCCAUCGCGCCGCACCUGCCGCUCGUGCCGCCCGCGCCGCACACGCCGCACACGCCGCACGCCGCGCACGCGCAGCACGCGCAGCACGCACCGCAUGCGCCGCCCGCGCAUCACCUGCAUGACGAGCGGGAGCGGGAGCGAGAUCUGCAGCUACAGCGGGAAAGGGAAAGAGAACGGGAACGGGAAAGAGAACGCGAGCAACGAGAAAAAGAACAAAGGGAGCGCGAGCGACAACAACGGGAGAAGGAGAGCCGAGCGAGAGAGGCGCUACGAGACGAGCAGAGACUGGCCGCGCUACACCCGCACCACCACCUCCUGCCGCCGCCGGUGUACUCGCUGCCGCGCGCGCUGCUGCCGCCGCCGCUGCUGUACCGACCGUACCGGCCCUACCCCGGGCCGUACGAGCCGCGGCCGCCGCCCGACGUGAAGCCGGCCUCCCCCGCGCCUGUCCCCACCCCCGCGGCGGCCCCGGACCCCGCUCAGCCGGCCGCGGAGGACAAAGGUGAGGAGCCGCCCGCUCCCAAGCCCGCCUCCGCCGCCGCCGCCGCCGCCGCGGUGUGACCGCCGCCGAAUAGAUAGUUAUCUUUAAUUCUAGCCCCUAAUAGGUGUUCAAUAUUUUUCAGAUCGUUUUUUUAUCGCUCGCAGCAUUUAGACGGCCGUCUUGUAAAUAGUAUAUUUAAUAGGUAGAUAUUAUACGGACAAUACCUAACGAGAAGUGGUAAAGCGAUUUUAUUGAAAUACAUUCAAUGGAAUUGA